AUGGAUCCAAAUAUAAGCAGCACCUGCUUUGGUGAGGCCAACCGGCGGUUAUCGGAUCUUUCCCAAGCUAUUGAGCAAGAUGAAACAGCCAAAAAUCAACUGCUCGAGACCCUAGUCUUUGCAACGAAAGAUUGGGGCCAUAAUUCAGUACCUAAAGAACUAGAUACGACAGGAUGGAUUUCCAAUUUCAUCUACGACCGUUCUCCAUUUGAGUACUCUGUCCAGUUAGAUCGAAACACCGGGGAUGCGCAACUAUACUUUUUAAUCGAAGCCCGAUCAGAAGAGGAUAGCUUGGUACGAUUCCAGGAGAGUGCACGUCGCCUGGAUUCAGACACCGUAGCUAAAUACAACUCAAGAGUCUCUCUAGACCACUAUAAACUUAUCCAAGACCUUUUCAUACCUGAUCAGCCAAAUGGGGUAUUUGCCGCCUGGCAUAGUUUUGCAUCGACAAAAAAGGGGCUAGAAUGGAAGAUUUAUCUUAAUCCAUCCGCAUCCGGUAAAGACAACAUUCUCUCUACAACAGGCGAAGCAUUCGGGCGUCUCGGCCUAGGGAACGCGUGGGUAGUAGUAAAGAGCAUCAUGACCCCCGGCGACUCUAUCAUUUCCUUUUCACUUGACCUUUCUUCAAAUCAAGAGGAGGCUCGCGCCGAAGUGUACAUGUUACAUCAAGACACGACCGCAUCGCAGAUCGCGAACAAACACACCUGUAUCUGUCCGGAUGCAACCUGGCUCGAGACAGAGAGAUUCUGCAUGACGAUGGCGAACGGAUCACAUGAUCUGUAUUCCUCGACCCCGGUGGUGUCCAGUUUCGCGUUUACCAGCAAGAGGCCGAACCAGGCCGUGGGCACUAUUCAUUUUCCCAUUCACUGCUACGCAGAAAAUGACGCCGAUGCCCAGGAGCGAAUUGAACGAUACUUGGACGAGGUAUCCGCCUCUCCCGUCUGUAAAGAGAGAUAUAAGAAAGUCGUAAACGCGGUGUGGCGCCGACCUCUGGACCAGGGACGUGGGAUACACGCUUGGGUGAGCCUGAAGCAAGACUUGGGAUAUAAACAGUUGAUUACUUUUUACAUCUCGCCAGAAUUAUUCGGUCCUCUUCAAGGGACUUACCGAGGGACUGGAUGA